AUGUCGGUCGAUGAUGACUCAGAACUGAUCCAACAACUGAGAAAUAAUCUGGCUCAUGAAUUGAGGUUAUAUCCCGAGUAUGCAGAUGACUCCAGUCUUCGGAGAUGGCUGGUCGGAUGGGAUUAUGAUGUCGGUAAGCCAUGCUUAAAAUUGAAUUUCUUAAAGUUGUUAAAAAGGAGUAAUUAAUACAGCCUUAUUGAUCUCUUAGAAGUGAUAACUCCGAAGCUCCGAGAAGCCAUCCGAUCCCUCCAUUCCCUCGGACUUCACAAAAAGAAGUUCAACAGCACAGAUGAGGUGAACCAGUACUGUGAUUCUCUCUCCAAACAUCCAUCCCUUCUUCCUGGGUCUGUUUUGGGAUGUGACAAGGAAGGAAAUGUCGUCUCCAUGAUUCCUUUGGGCCGGUUAGAUGGGUAUGGACUUCUUCGAGCUGCCAAGAUCUCCGAUUUAUACUUAUCCAAGAUAGUCGAGAGCGAAGGAGUGAUGCAGAUUUUGAGGAAAAUGGAGAAACAGAAAGGAAAACAGUUGGGUGAGCUUUAUUUUUAUUUGGAAUACGGAUAUGUGUAUAGUUGUUUGUUCUGAAAAUGUAUUUCGUCAUGAUUGCAGGUACUGUAGUCAUCAUGGAUUUGGAUGGCCUCAGUCGAGAUGCCACUGACAUCACCGCUCUCAAGGUCGUGAAUAAUGUACUGGCAAGGCUACAAGAUCUUUUUCCUGAUGUUUUGAGAAAGGCUUUUGUUAUCAACACACCAAAUUUUGUCCAGAUGUUUUACAUGGCUAUAUCUCCUUGCUUAUCGAAACAGACCCAGCAGAAGAUUGAGAUUUGCGGGAGUAAUUGGAAAGAUAGGUUAAAGGUAAGGACCGCAAAGCAAAGCAAAGCCAUGGUUUGUUUCAGGAAGUGAUCGAUGAAGACGUCCUUUUCCCUCAUUGGGGUGGCACCAGAAGAUCUUCCCAACCAACAGGACACAUCAGAAUGGGUGGGAAAGUGGCGAAGGAUCAUUAUCAUUCCGAAGAAGAUGAUAACGACAAGGAGAAGAUUACAAUCCCGGCGAGAGGAUACAAUUCUGUCGAGAUCGAAGUAACUUCGCCGGGCUCAAAGAUCGAAUGGUGGUUCAAAUGUGACGGUGGAGAUCUUGAUUUCUAUGUGGAGCGGGUAGAAGAGGAGGAAGAAAGUCAUCUGGUCUGGCCAAAGUUCAGAUUGCUGACGCAAUAUGUCCCCGAGACACGAACGGUAGCCAUUCUUUACCAUCAUUUUACUUCAAAUUUCUGCAUUAGGUUAUAAUGUAAUUGAUAAAUAUGUCAUCUUUAGAUUGACGCUGAACACCCAGGCCUUUAUCGAUUGGUUUUCGAGAAUUAUCAUGGGAAGAUCUGGUCGAAGACUGUAAAAUACUACGUGAAUGUUUUCUGUGACGAAUGA